AUGGACCACCACCAAGCCCGGCCGACGCCGACGCCGCGGGAGCUGCAGCUGCCGUUGGCUGUGCCGGUGCCCCUGAGGAGGCGCCGGACCCCGCGUAGACCCAGGCAGGCCGCCACCAUCCCCGCCGUCGUCGUCCCCCGUCCGGCCGCUCUCCCAGCCCCAGCCCCAGCCCCAUCCGCCCCCCGCCGCCUGCAGAUCCCGCCGCCCCCACCCGUCGCCGGGGCUGCCGAUGCCGAUUACCUCAUGCUCCUAGCCCACACCGUCGUGUCUCAAGCCGACGCGGAAGCGGAAGCCGCGUUUCCUCGCGCUCCCGCUCCCGUUCCCGCGGGCGAGAAACUUGCCUCCUCCUCCUCCUCCUCCUCCCCGCCGCUGUCCUCGGCCGCCGCGGACGAGGACAACGAGAAACUCUACGACGACGCGCCGCCGCUUUCUCCUCGGGCCGUGGACCUCCAGAACCCGUCGUCCAUGUCCACGGACCAUGGCCACGCCGCCACCGAUGCAAGUGCUGAAGGUUGUAAGAAAGCCGCUUGUCCCCAAGGCAACACCGUCGCCGGCAGCUCGAAAGGAGACCAAAGCGGCGGAGGUAUGGCUUCGCCUGCCGACGGACCGUCGCCGAUGCUGCAGCUGGGGGACGACGAUGAGGAGCUAGAACCGGGCGAGAUUCCGCAGGAGAAGCCGGCCGCCGGCUGCGAUGCGGAUCCUCCUGCUGCCCAUGGAUCCUUUCUGGGCAAGGAGGAGAUGGUGGCGGCGGCGGGGGAAGAAGCCAAGAACAUAGCCGGCGGGGAGCCCGCCGCGACGGGCAGCGAUGCUCAUCGUCGUGCCGUCCCUCCGGUGGUGCUGAGCACGGAUGUGGUGGCGGCGAGGGAGGGUAAGGCUGCGACGACAGAAAUGUCUGCUGCGGAGCGGAAGAGGAUGAGGGAGGUGUUCGUCGGCGGGCUUGGCAGGGACGCCACGCAAGAGGACGUCAGGGCGGCUCUCUCGGCGGCAGGUGAGAUCACCGAGGUCCGCAUCAUCAGGGAUAGAACGACGGGGAAGAACAAAGGCUACUGCUUCGUGGCCUACCGUGACGCCGCCAUGGCCAGCAAGGCCGUCGCUGAGUUCGGCAAUGUGAAGAUCUGUGGGAAGGCGUGUCGAGUUGCUCUUCCUGAGGGGAAUGAAAAGGCUAAUAAGAUUGCUCGAAGAGAUCCUAUUGUUGAAGACUAUAACCGCAUGUAUGAACAGAGACAACAACUUUCUCCAGCUGUUCAUUCUUCUUAUUUCACAAGCUGGGACCAGCAUGCUAGGCACGAGAAUAACACUUAUGCUCUUCCAGCUUCAAGUUUAUCUCGAUCAAUUUCUAAGCUAUCGACACAUAUAUAA